AGAUUCAGUUGGUAGUCCUGCCGGUGAAGAAAGGGGAAGGCCUCACGCGGGGUUGGCAGCACUGCAGGAGACGUUGACGGGGCGGCAGGAAAGUCAAGUGAGAGAUGGCUCGACCUUCAGCAACAAAGAGUUCUUUCGCCAUCCCAAUUGACCUCCUGGAUGAUAUUGCAAGCCGUUUCUUGCUGGAUGCCCCGGAGUCUGAGCUGGGAGACCCCAUAUCACUGUGCUUCCUGACUGAGCUGGCUUAUUGGUUCUACUUGGAUGAAUAUGCAGAAGAGGAUGACUCACUCAAUAACCUCAAGUUUGAUCCAUUUGCUCAGCAGCUGCUCAAUAGAGUGCAAAUCAGGCCUCCUUCAGGAACCAUCGAAGAAAUGCUUCAGGACUUCCGUGACUUUAAGCAUCGAGUUCCUACUUAUGGCGGGCUGCUGCUGAACCAAGACUUAACUCAGGUGUUGCUGGUACAGGGUUUCUGGCACAGAGCUUCAUGGGGCUUCCCAAAAGGAAAGAUUAAUGUGGAUGAGGAGCCUCACAAGUGUGCCAUAAGGGAGGUUCUGGAGGAGACAGGUUAUGACAUAUCACCUCUAAUUGACCCCAAUGUGUUUUUGGAGACCUCUAUCGGGGAACAAUAUGUGCGGCUGUAUAUAAUUUUGGGUGUGCCGACGGCCACUGAGUUUGUUCCACGCACCAAAGGGGAGAUCAAGCAGCUCAAGUGGUUCUCCAUCAACCAGUUACCCUCCCACAAGAAUGACCGCAGCUUUAACAAAGUCAACGGCUCCACCAAUAUGUUCUAUAUGGUGAUGCCUUUUGUCAAGCCCCUGCGAGAAUGGUUGGCUGCUAGGAAUCGAAGUCUUGCUAAUGGGGGAAGUGGUGGAGGUAGAGAGGGCCGGCGACGGCACCGCAGCACCACCACCACUUCCACCACCAAUACCACCACCACCGCCAUGGCUGUCAUCACAGACCACCACCACCAGAGUCACAAUUCAGCCAGACACAGCCACUCCCCUGCAGCAUCCACAGAGACCAGCAAGAAGACGCAGCAAGGCUCGGAUAACAGAAAGCAGCAGAGGGAUGCCUUUGCUUCUUGUGUUCAGGAUGAAGUAGCGUGGGUCAUGAAACUCCGGGCCAACACGGAUGCAUCACCUCGCAGAAGAGAAACCUCCAUCAAAGGGAAGCAGCGCAAGUCACAACACAACACCAAGCAGCUGGCAGCUCCAGUUGUUGCUGAGCACCAAGAAGAAAGUCAGAAGUUCACGUUCAGUAAGCGAGGGAAAGCGAGAGGCAACAAGGGCAUCAGGGACAGCCAGGUGGUGGACGCCCAGGCCCCGACCUUCCUGUCAAACCCUCGCUUCCGAUCUUACUCGUGGCAGACUUUCCGAAUCAACAAAAAGGAAGUUAUGGAUGCUAUUGACAGAGUGUGGAGUGGUGUAACAAUUGUCUCGUAGCUCGGUUUUAUGCAAGUUCAUGCAUAACAUCAGUAUUUUUGACAGCUUCAUAUGUGAGACCAAAGAUUUAUCCUACAUAUUUGAAGCUAAUGUAUCUUGCAGUAUGAUGAAACCAAACAUUUAUCAACUUUUUUACCAAUGUUGGGUUUUGAUGAAAAUCCUAGAUGGACAGUAUACCCUGACCUGACUGUUGAUGUCUAACAAUAUGCAUGAAUACCAUUGGAAAGAGAAUGUAUGUGAGGAAAGGUUUGAAUGAUUUUGACAAGCUUAUUUCUAAAGGAACAUCUUCAUCAGUCACCAAUUUUAUAAUGAAAUAAGUGCAUUGCAAACAAUCAUAAUUUUUAUGAGAGAUUCUUCUAAAACUUAAAUUACCAAGAGAGAACUACAGUAAAUCCUGGAUUCAGUGAACCUCAGUUUAACAAGUUUGAGAAAUAACAGACCCCUUAUGUCUACCUAAAGGACAGCAACAAAGUGUAAUGCUGUGAUUUGGUAACAUGGAGACAGAUGCAGAUAUAGGUUUAUGAUUGCUCUCUGUUUACUCUCUCUUAGACCACUGGAUCAGAUGUUAAUUGUACACAGCAGAUGCUGGAUAUGAUAAGGGAUAGUCCAAGGAAGCCCACUCUUCAUUGUUCCAAUAAGUAAAUGCAUGUCAUGUAAGACACCUGUGGGGAAUAGUUUGGCAUAGCAUUAAAGUUUCCAGAUUGCCUUAUUACUGAGAAAUUCAGAUGUAAUUGUGGGUAACUCUGAAAAUACCGAUGCUGAUAUCAGCCCUUACAUCAGAGGGUAAGUUAUGAUGGAUUCCUCAUGCCGGAAAUGACUCACCAUAUGAGGGUAUGCAGUGAGAAAAAUACAAUUUCAGACAAGUGGAACACCAGGAGAUAACAUCAGUGAAGCAAGCAAGAAAAGACAUAACCUGAAAAAAUAGUCCAUCAUUACCCAAGUAGCAAUGGUUGACCUUAAUUUGUGCAACGAAGGUGAAUACAUGGCUUUGUUACUUGAAGGUUCUCUUGUUAUCUGAGGCUUCAGUCCAAACUUGAUAUGGGUUACAUAUUGGUAACCUUUGACCACUCAGCAAGUGAGAAUUGACUACCUUUGCACCUGAAUCACCAGCUGUCUGUGUUCUCUGAGCCAUUUGGAUAAUGACCUUGGGAUAUUAUGAUAUAAUAUUCCUUCAGUAGACCUCACCCUAAAUUAGUUUUCCAUUCAUUUCAUGCAUGGGGGUGAACCUCAAGCGCCUACACUUGUUCCCUUGUCCAGCGAGCAGUGAGUGGCUGUGAUGUCAACCAUGCAUUGUUAUCCGUGGUUAAAAAGAAACAAGGAAAAAACUCAUACAUGAAUUUAAGUUCCCACCAUCCAGCUCUUCCCCAGCCUUGGCCCUUCCCUCACCCUCUGACUAGCUAAGAGCUUCUGGAUGCAUGGCUCUGCCUGCAAGGUGGCAUGUAUGUUGAUACUGCCCUAACCAUGGAUGUAUUUGUAAGGAAAAUAAUGAAAAUGGAACUUUUUUGUGUGCCAUUUCCUAGCAAGACACAUUAUCCAGACAAGUGUUUAAAGUGGGUCCAGCUGAUGACACUGCCUUCAUCUGGCAGCAGAAUCUGGAGAUUUACUUUAGUGACAAAAGACCUAUGCUUAUUGAGAUUUUGCUCAUAAUCUGCUCCAGUUUAUUCUCUCUUUGUCAGCUGAUGUGGGUGGAGUGGUGAAAGCACAAGAAUUUUUCUGAAUGUGUGGGUUUAUAUAUAUAAGUAUUUCUCUCUCUCUCUCUCUCUCUCUCUCUCUCUCUCUCUCUCUCUCUCUCUCUCUCUCUCUCUCUCUCUCUCUCUCAAUCAUUUUUUCUUUGUCUCAUUUCUCUUCAUUUUACUCCUUGUCCUUACUCUGUCCUGCCUUGAGAUGUGAUAAGUCUCCCUCAUUUGACUGAACCUCCCCCUUUUUAUGUAGCAUUACAGAAGGUAUGAGCUUAACAGCCCCUAAAACAUAUGAGUUUAUAAAUUCAUAAUAUAUUCACUAGGAUAUUAUAGAAACUACUUACUUUCUUUUUAAUUAAUGUCUACAAGGAAAAUAUGUAGAUGACAGUUUUUAGCAAUAGACAGAACAGCACAAAGUAGGGAUUUUUUUAUGUUGUAUUAUCAGGCAUGGAUAUGAACCUAUUCAUGCACUUGAGUUUUGUAAGGCCUUCCUGUGUUAGUGAAGGUGUGCAUCAGUCAUCAGCACCAGAACCAGCCGGGGGGAAUAGCCACAGGAGGAAGUAACUAUUCAUAUCUUCGCCUUAUCAUGUAAAGCAAGCCUGGUAUAAGUACUGUGACUUGUGUACAAUAGCAGGGUGAGACACAUUGCAAUAUGAAAGCUUUAUGUAGUAGAAGAUAACUAAGUACUUUGUCAGCCUCUUGAUACCCUAACUUUAGUCCUGCCACUAUUUACAAAGAUUCAAAUUAUUUCCCUACAUACUAAUUAGUCUGUUGCAGGAACACGUUGUUGUAAAUUGAACUUGUUUAUUACCUGGUAACAUUUUAAUCAAAAUGUGACACAACAACCAUCUUAAUAGAAUUUCAGCCCCAGGCAUUCCCCAGCUCAAUAUGUGUUCUUUCAUGUUUGCUGAACCUUACCGGUAUUUUCAGCAGUUGACUUAGUGUAUCAUAAAUAUGUUUGUGUCUGCAUAUUGUGAUGCACAUUUCUAGAGCUGACUCAAUAUUAGAGUUAACUUUUUCAGAGAUUAUAAGCUUUACUAGAUGUAAGGGAGUGUUCAGCCUAUUUUGGGUAAAAAGGAGAACCAA